AUGUCAACGAUACCAUCAACAUUGUCUUCAUUUUGUAACUCUUCUAAUGAAAAUCCAUUUGAUAAGCACAUUGAAAUGUGUCAAUGUGCUUCUAUGCACUGUGAGGUUGAGAGUGAAAUAGAUGAGCUUAGGAAAGAUCUAAAUAAAUUUUGGUCUGUUGAAACCAUAGAAUCUCCUGAGAGUUGUGUGAUGUAUCAGUUUGAAAGAGAUCUCACACAUAACAGGGAACGAUAUAUAACAAAGUUACCAUUCAAAACUGAUCAUGAUUUUUUACCUGUUAACUAUAAUAUUUGUAAAAAACGUCUGGCUAAUUUAAAGGUAACAUUAAAUGAUAAACAACUGGUUACAGAAUAUAAUCAAAUUUUUAUAGACUAUGAAAAGAAUAAUAUAAUAGAAAGAGUUAGUGAGUCUGAUAUAUUUAAAGAACCAGGGUGUGUGCAUUAUUUGCCUCAUAGGCCUGUCAUUCGAAAAGAUAAAGAUACUACAAAAAUUAGAGCUGUUUUUGAUGCGUCCUGUUCGACAACAGGACCGUCUUUAAAUGAUUGCUUGUAUUCAGGUCCGAAUUUAUUGUCAAAAAUAUUUGAUAUUUUACUAAAAUUUAGAUUUCUUAGAGUUGUUUUUGGUUUAACUAGCAGUCCUUUUCUUUUAAAUGCUACUUUAAAACACCAUCUUAAUAAAUACAUUAAACAUGAUGAAAAAUUUAUUGAAAGAUUAAUAGAUGAUCUUUAUGUUGACGACAUAGCCUCUGGCUGUGAAACAAUUUCAGAAGGAAAAAUGUUUUAUAAAAAAUCUAAAUGUAUAUUUUUAGAUGCAGGAUUCAAAAUAAGAAAAUGGAUUACAAAUGAUCACGAAUUACAAAAUUAUUUUAAUAAAAAAGAAACUAAUCAAAGUGAAAACUCAAAAUGUAAUCUAAAAGUUGAUGAAUUAAAAUAUUUUGAAAGAAUUGAGUGGGAUAUAUUAAAAGAUGGAUUUGUUUUUGAAGAUAAAAGUGGAUGGGAUGAAAUAGUAACAGAAGCAAUAGAAUUAGCUUUGACAGAAUUUUUAAAGGAUCUUGAAUUAUUAAGUUUUGUUAGAAUCCCAAGCUUUGCGUUUGAGAGAGUGAAUGAGAAUAGUAAGCGUGUUCAAUUGCAUGGAUUUUGUGACAGUUCUAAAUUAAUUUAUUGUGCCGUUAUAUAUCUAGUUGUAGAAACUAGUUUAGGAGUGAAUAGGAAGUUUUUAGUUUCAAAGUCACGUGUUUCACCCUUAAAAGAAUUAAAGGAAGUGUUAAGAGUUUUGAAGGGAAGAGUGCACUUUAAGGAUGUAAGUUGCUGGUGUGAUUCAGAAGUGGCAUUGUAUUGGAUUAAAGGUAGGGAAAGAACGUGGAAACCAUGGGUGGAGAAUAGAGUGAAUGCCAUUAGAAAAGUGGUUGAUAGAGAAAAAUGGAAUCAUAUUAGUGGGGAGUUGAACCCAGCUGAUUUUCCUACUCGAAUAAUUGAUAAAAAGUUUCAGGUUGAUAUUAUGUCUGAGUGUAAGAGAGGAGAAAAUGUAGUUAUUUGUAAUGUUGUUUUGGACUCAUCAACAAGUUUGAGUAGUACCAUUGAUGCAUGUAGAUUUAGUUCAUUUGAAAAGUUAAUUAUUAGUACUGGAUAUGUAUUUCGAUUUAUCAACAAUUUGUUAAAAACAAUUAAAAAGCUACCAUUAUACAAACAAGUUACUUUGAUGACAGAUGAGUACAAAUUUGCACUCAAUGAAUGUAUUAGAGAUGAGCAAAGAAUUUUACAAAAUGACAAAAGUUUUGAUAAACUGAAUAACUCUUUAAAGUUAUUUGAUGGUGAAGACAAACUAAUACGAUUACGAGGAAGAUUUGAAAAUGCUAAUUUAAACUUUGCAGAAAAACAUCCUUUAAUAUUACGUGGAAAAGAAAGUUGGUUUACAAUAUUACUGAUUCGUAAUUGUCAUGAACAAGUUUUGCAUCAUGGAAUCGAAUCGACGUUGAAUAAAGUACGAUCUCAAUUCUGGAUAAUAAAAGGACGAUCGACGAUAAAAAGUAUUAUUAGACAAUGUGUAACAUGCAAGAAGUUCCAAGGAAGAACAUUGUUACCACCUAGCAGCCCAGAUUCACCUGAUUUUCGAGUUAAUAAUUUAUAUUCCUUUCAAGCAACUGGUUUAGAUUAUGCAGGACCUUUAUUUGUAAAAACAGUUAAUAAGGAUGCUGCCUGUAAGGUCUAUGUUUUACUAUUGACUUGCGCGUCUAAUCUUGAACUGACACCUGACAUGAAAAUUCCGGCCUUCAUAAGAGCUUUUAAGCGUUUUGCAGCACGAAGAGGUUUUCCUGACCUUAUUAUCUCCGAUAGUUUUAAGACCUCUAUAUCUAAGGAAGUUAAAAUUUUUAUGAUAAAAAAUGAUGUGCAACAGAAGUUUAUUCUACCAGCUUCCCCCUGGUGGGGCGGUUUCUACGAACGUUUAGUUAGAUCUGUUAAAAUUACAAUGAAGAAAACAAUUGGUAAGUCUCUUUUAUCUUACGAAGAACUCGAAACAAUUUUAUGUGAAAUCAAAUCUGUGAUAAACAGUCGUCCAUUAUUUUAA